GGAGAUGAGCCACCACGACGUGUUCGACGACCUCUAUGAGCGCAUGCUGCGCAGACAUGCGGUUGUCUCAGUGGAGGCUCCCCACUCUGACGUCCCAGUGACGACGUCACCAUCAACGUCCACCGCCAACAGAGUCGAGGCGACGUCCCGAUCAGUGUACUUGCGACGUUGCAAACGGCGUGCACAACUACGAGAAAGGAAAGCGAGUUCCCGCGUACCCCAAGCCUGCCCUCGGCGUUAUUCGCUUGCAUUUGUGGAGUCUGUGCAACGUCUCGAGCGACUGGUUUCGUCCGUGUUCCCGCACGCCCCACGCCCCCACAUCGUCGUGUUCGGUCGGUUUUCAUACCGCCAGGACACCUGCGUCCCAUCCCCCCCUCCACGUUCCUUCUCAACAUGACAUCCUCC